AGGCCUUCAUCUUUAAGUGUUAUUUUCCAGAUAUUGUGUGUCAGGGUGGAUUAUUAAUGCAUGUCUGAAUUGGGGCUGAACACAGAAGUGUUGGAGGUAUUUUUCCACUGUACAUCUUGCUUAGGCUAUACAAAAAGUUUUUUUUUAAUAGUAACAACUGAAGAGAAUAUUUACUAUAGUAGUUUUGAGAAUAUAAGAUGACUGUAAGUGCUGUGCAAGAUCUUCCUUCACAAAAUGUUUCAUUCAGAACUUUCAGACUGAGUGGUUUCCGUGAUUUGGAAGAAUGGCGGCCUAUAUUAACCAUACCAUAUCUUCUUAUGUUUAUGUUGUCUACCACCUCAAACUCUUUUUUGAUAUUUUUAAUUAUAUCCCAGAGAGCUCUGCACUCUCCAAUGUUUGUAUUAAUUGGCCUAAUGGCUGCUGUGGAUCUGUGUUCACCAAUAUUUUUUGUACCAAACAUGCUGCUCAACUUCUUAUUUGACUGGGAUCAGAUUUCACUUCUUGGAUGUUUAAUACAGAUGUUUUUUAUUCAUUAUGUUGGUGCAUUUCAAUCAACUUUACUGCUCUGGAUGUCUCUGGAUCGGUUCUUUGCUAUUUGCAAACCUCUUUCUUAUCACAAAUAUAUGCAAAUGUCCAGCUUUCUAAAGUAUAUUAUUGUGCCAGUAAUCAGAAAUAUAAUUUUAGUUAUUAUGAUGGUUUCUUUGGCUGGGAAAUUACAUUAUUGUAUGAAAAAUGAGAUUGAUCAUUGUUUUUGUGAACACAUGGCACUAGUCCAGCUGGCAUGUGGAGACAUUUCUAUUAAUAACCUAGUAGGACUCUUAACUGCUGUGUUAGUACCAACUGCAGACUUUGUACUUAUUACUGUAUCUUAUGUAAUAAUAUUUUCUUCUGUAAUAAGAUCAGGGAAGUCGCACUCUAAAGCUGUUAACACUUGUGUUACACAUAUAAUUGUUAUUACUGGUAGUUUAGUGUUUGCCUUGUUGGCUUUUUUGUCAUACAGAAUAAGAAAUAAUUUUUCUCCUAAUGUCCGUACUUUUAUAAGUACAAUGUACAUACUUUUUGCAAGCUGUUUCAACCCAAUUAUCUAUGGAUUAAGAACAAAAGAAUUAAGAGAACAUUUUCUGAAAUUCAUAAACCAUGGUAAGGUCUUACCACAGUAACCCAAUAAUAUAGACUAUAGUAUUGUUAUUGAAUAAAUACACUUUAUAAAGAGAUUAUAUUGAGAUUUACCUUUAAAAUGUAGUCCACACAUACGCUAUUAUUUUCAAGGAUGCUUAUAUUGUAAAGACAGGAUUGCAACUAUCAGGAGUAUCAACAGAAUUUUUAAAAGUCAUCCAUAGGUCAUAUACCAGCUUCCAGCCCCCACCAAAACUAUAAUGUAGUAGAACGCAUGUGACUUUAAUACUACUGCCCCAUAGAUGGAGACCACUACUCCAGGCCACAGAUCUAUAGACAUAGUUAGGAGAAGACCUUAAACUGAGUUUAAGUCAGACUAAGCCAUCAUGGUACACAAAAGUGAGCUCAUCUUUAGAGACUAUACACUGCUUCCCUCAUCCUUUGCCUCUAUCUCAUAGAAUCCCAUUUUUAUGACACUUUUAAAAAAAAUAAAUUAAUGUAUUAAAAGCUAACUUAGCUACAAUCUAUUUAGAUAGCUAAUAGUAUUAUG